GAAGAUGAAGGCGCUGUAAACGGCAUGUAAAAGCAGUGCCUAAUAUUGCAAUUGAGGGCAAAUUAUUUACCGGUCCUUCGAUUAAAAUGCCAGUCGGAACUCAAAGUUCCCCAUAAUGAGUGUCUGGUAGCCUGGUAGUGAGAGAAUAAUUACAAGCCUGUUGUUUAAGCACUCUGUAACUAAGUAAGGAGUGUUUUUGUGGUAACCCACCUACUGUCCACACCCCUAUUAUCAUCAUCUCUCUACUGGCCACAAGCAGUGGAAAGUAAAUAAAUAAUACAAAAAAAUAAGUUAAUGAUAUACUCUUCAUUAUGCUUUGAACACACCUGAUACAACUAAGCAGUCCAUACUUUUGGAUGAGGGCUUGAGUAGGGGUGCAUUACUUACGUUAGUUACUGUUUGUCAUUACCGUUUUUUAUUGUUAACAACUGUCAAUGACUUGAAAAAGUAACACAUUAUUCAAGAACAACUUAAUGAGAUGUCUUUCUGUGGGAUAAUCUGUAUGAGGUACCUGAAAUUAUACAACUUUCUUCUCCAUUUUUUCAGUCCUUUAUGUUCAGUUAUUUAAGUUGAAACAUACUCUGUUGACACUGAUGUAACAUUCAUACAUCUCUUGUUGGAUUUCUUCCAGACAUGUAUCAACAAAUUUUGGUGGGACUCUCAGUGCUGCUCUGCUCUCCACUCUUGGCAAAUGGUGGUAAAGUCCUUGUGUUCCCCUUUGAUGGGAGCCACUGGAUUAACAUGAAAGUCCUCAUUGAUGAGCUUCACUCCAGAGGCCAUGAAGUUACAGUCGUUAGGCCGUCAGACAGCUGGUACAUCAAGCCAGAGUCCCCUCAAUACAAGUCCAUCACUGUAAACUCCUCUGGUGGUUUUGAGGAUGGCUUUGGGUCAUUUGCAACCAGACUGAUGAACAUGCUGCGGGAAGGAGCUUCCGUUUGGGCUCGUUUAUCUCUGGAGUAUGAAGUGGUGAAACUUUUAUAUCAGAUUCAUGUAAAGCAGCUUCAAUUCGUGGUGGACAUGUUUGAGGAUACCAAACUGAUGCAGAGCCUGCGUGAUGCUAAAUAUGAUGUGGUUCUGACGGACCCUGCAACAGGUCCAGGGGUGCUUAUGGCUCACCGUUUGGGUCUUCCACUUGUCUUUAAUGUGAGAUGGACUGUUCAGGGUGAAGGGCAUCCUGUAAUCGCACCUUCCCCAUUGUCAUAUUGCCCAAUACAAUUCACAGAGCUGACCGACAAGAUGACAUUUCCCCAGCGGGUCGGAAAUGUACUUUACUAUUUCUUCUUAUGUUGCCAAAUUUGGUAUGCCGUAGAACCGAACUACAAACCAUUUGUCCAUCGUCACUUUGGGGAUGAUGUACAUUACAUGGAGCUGUUUCAGGCGGCAGACAUCUGGCUGAUGAGGAAUGAUUUUACCUUGGAGUUCCCAAGACCCACAAUGCCAAACAUUGUCUACAUGGCAGGAUUUCAGUGCAAACCCUCCAAGCCCCUGUCUAAAGAACUAGAGGACUUUGUCCAGAGCUCUGGUGAACAUGGCAUCAUUGUCAUGACAUUUGGAACCCUAGUGGAAGAAAUUCCUGAGGACAUUGCUGAGGACAUUGCCGCAGCUUUUGCCCAACUUCCUCAGAAGGUAUUAUGGAGGCACAAAGGCAAAAGACCAUCCACCCUCGGCAACAACACCUUACUCUUGGACUGGCUGCCUCAAAAUGACCUCCUGGGACACUCCAAGACCAGACUGUUUGUGGCCCAUGGAGGCACCAACGGAGUACAGGAGGCCAUCUACCACGGUGUGCCUCUGGUCGGCCUGCCCCUCAUGUUCGACCAGCAUGACAACUUCUUCAGGAUGAAAGUAAGAGGUGUCGCCAAAGUCCUAGACAUUGCAACUAUGAACAAAGACAACUUCCUGGAAGCGCUGAAGGAGGUACUCUAUGACCCAACCUACAGGGAGAAGAUGAAGGCGCUGUCCGACCUGCACAGAGACCAGCCCACGAAACCACUGGACCGGGCCAUGUUCUGGAUCGAGUUUGUCAUGAGGCACAAAGGAGCAGCGCAUCUCAAGACAGAGUCUUACAAGAUGUCCAAGAUCCAGUACCACUCAAUUGAUGUAUUGGUGUUUCUGCUGGCAGUUAUUUUGCUCAUGUUUACUGUUUUCAUUUCUGCUGUUAAGUUUUUGUGGCGGAGAGUGUUUUCUAGAAGCAAAGUCAAAAAGGAAUGAUCAAUGAUGUAGAUCAUUUUUAAUAACAUUUUCUCUAUCCUGAUUUCUUGUCAAGAACACAAUAAUAUUUAAAAAUGCCUCUGUAAGGUCUUGUAGAGUUCUGAGCCAGGUAUAAACAAUGUUAUGAGUCUUUCUGCAUCCACAAAUCUUGAGUUGUAUUACGAUUUCACCUCAACAUGUCAUGUUUGUGCAAUGUUUGUUUGUUUGCAGGACAUUUGAACAACUUUCUUAUUAUCAUAAACAUGUUCACCUAUUUGAAUGAAUAACAUAUGAUAUAACACUAAAAAAGUAUGUAUGCACAUCUGCAGCUUACAAUGGUACCUCACAUGGGCCAGUCAAUGAUUCAUUAUUGUUGAUGUUUUUCAGUGACGCUGUGUUGUUAUUAUGUUAAUCGUUACACAAAAUCAUGGUUACUGGCUUCCUACUGACUUAUAAAUAAUGUUACAAAUACUAUUUUAAGCUUAAAAUAAAGUUUUUUUUAAUCAUUACAUAUAUGUUCUUGUGUAUUAUGUAAUUACUGACACUGUAACGAAUACAUAUACACUGUGCAAAAAACACAAUAACAAACAGUUGAAAAUAUCCUUAUCAACAUUUUUAGAACAGUUACAACUAUAUUGUCCAUCCCUAUUAAUUGUUGUUUAUUUUUUAAUGUAAUUAUGAAUACAAGUGCGGUUUAAAAAAACAAAAAACAUUUUGCACACAUUAAAUAUUUUGCUUGAAUCAAUACAUUUCAUGUCAGCAACAUAGAGCCAGCCUAAAGCUUCCCUUAAACAGACCACAGGCCCAUUGCUUUGGGAAUGAAAACACUGGUUACUUAUUGGUUCUAUGAAUAUAAGUGUUUUCUGCCCACUGAUUUAAAAAAGACACAUCUUCUGACCUAUAAUGCUCUGUAAGCUGCUACAACCAUGACUAGAAUUCACAAAGGGUGUUGUGCUGUUUUGUAUGGCCAGUGUGGCUAGUUCUUCCCUCAAGGCCUCAUUUGAUUGUUUUAAUUAUUGUAAACGCACCUGGCUGCAGGAUGAGUCUUCAAACCUUUGACCCAUUUUAUAAGAAGAAAAAAGACAGGGGUUUUGAAGUAUAAAAAUAC